CUCAGACGGACACUUAUCCAACAGUGCCACCUUAAGCAGAUUAGUUUUGCGCUGCCUGUGCGUCAAAUAGGAGCCUCGCUCUGCCUUUCCGUCAUGUUUGGGAUGCUCAGACGCCACCUUCACCCGGGCAUAUUUUUCUUCCUCUUGUGGCUUUGUCACCUCCUGGAACAUCAAAAAGUUCAAGCUGGAAACUGCUGGCUGCAACAGGGGAAGAACGGGAGAUGCCAGGUGCUCUACAUGCCCGGGAUGAGCAGAGAGGAGUGCUGCCGGAGUCAAAGRCUGGGGACGUCCUGGACCGAGGAGGACGUCCCCAACACCACCCUCUUUAGGUGGAUGAUCUUCAAUGGGGGCGCGCCUAAUUGCAUACCUUGCAAAGGUGGAGAAAGCUGCGAAAACGUGGACUGUGGGCCCGGGAAGACGUGCAAGAUCAACCGCAAGGGGAAGCCGCGCUGCGUGUGCGCGCCCGACUGCUCCAACAUCACCUGGAAGGGACCCGUCUGCGGCACAGACGGCAAGACCUACAAAGACGAGUGCGCGCUCCUGAGGGCGAAAUGCAAAACCAACCCGGACCUGGACGUGCAGUACCAGGGCAAAUGCAAGAAAACGUGCCGUCAGGUCUUGUGCCCCGGGACCUCCAACUGCGUYGUGGACCAGACGAACAACGCGUACUGCGUGACGUGUAAUCGGAUUUGCCCCCCCGCGACCUCGCCUGAUCUGUACCUGUGUGGAAACGACGGGAUCACAUAUCCGAGCGCGUGCCACCUGAGAAAGGCGACCUGUCUGCUCGGCAGGUCCAUCGGGGUGGCGUACGACGGAAAAUGCAUCAAGGCCAAGUCGUGUCAGGCCAUCACGUGCAGCGCAGGAAAGAAGUGUCUGUGGGACGAUCGGACGGGCCGGGGCCGCUGCUCGGUCUGCGUGGACCCCUGUCCACAGAGCCGGCCGAACGAGGCGGUGUGUGCCAGCAACAACACCACGUAUCCCAGCGAAUGUGCCAUGAAGCAAGCCGCCUGCUCGAUGGGGGUGUUGCUGGAAGUCAAGCACUCUGGAUCUUGCAAUUCCAUCACAGAAGACCAGGAGGACGAUGAAGAAGAGGAGGACUCUGACUACAAGGCCUUUGUCCAUUUAUCUUCUGUACUGGAUGGAUAGGCUCCCGUCAGUGGGGAGGUUAGGGCAAGAAAUCAUGUCCAUACUGUACAUUAUGUGUAUGCUUAUUUAUUUUUAAAAGGAAAGGAAGUAUACAUAUAGUUCAGUCUGCUAGAUGUUUAUUUAUACAUUUUUUUGUGUUUUAUAAUUUAUACAUUUACAUUGUCAGGCUUUCAUCUACCAUGAUAUAUUGUGUUACCACUUCUUUUCUCAUUUUUUUAAAAUUUCAUUUAAUUUUUGUUUUGUUCUUGUUUCUUUUUUUUACCAUGAAGAAUUAUAUCUGUCCAAAGAAAAACAGUGGAAAAACAGUGUUAUUUAUUUGUCAUUUUACCAUGUAAGUAUAAAUCAUUUACAAGCUGUAAAUUGCAUUCCCUGAGCUGUAAAAAAUCUGCUUCUUUCUGUCAAAUCUCUAUCACAGAUGUUUAUGUCACACAUACACAAAUGCAUGUUCAGACUGUGUGUUUAUUUAUUGGGUAUAUAUAUAUCUCAGUCAUUUUAUGUACAGACAUGUUUCUGGUUUGUUUACAGCUGUAAUACCUGACCAAAGCGGUUCUCUCAACGGUUUAGCGAAUGAGCUUUGUGAAUCCAGCAGUGAUGAAAUGGAAAAGAAAAAAAAAUAAUGAAAAAAGAGAGAGAUUUGUUUUUCUUUUCUCACUUCCUUUGUUGAUUUUAACUCUUUAGGUUUGUUUCCACCUGGAAGCAGCAUUUUUUACAUGAUUCCAUGACAUUUUUUUUCUCACCACAUUGACGCAGAAGUAAAUUUUGUACAAUACUUGAUUAUUCUGAAAAUGAUGUGCCAUUAACAUUUGUGAACAGUCUUCUUGCCAAUGUGCUCCGUAUUGCUCUCACAGAGCGACAGUAGGAAUAAUGUACUGCAGUACUUUAUAUGAUAUCAAACUUCUUCACCUUGUUUAUUUUGUUUGUUUGUUUGUUUGUUUGUUUGAAUGCAUUUUUAUUUUCAAAUGUCACCAGAGAAAUACAAAAUUCUGUUAUGAAUAUAUAGUUUUGUAUUUUUUAUGUAAAUGUCAUAUGUACAUACAAAGUUUGAUGGUAUUUGUACAGACAUGAAGAGUGAAACAAUAAAAGUUUUUUUUCCUUAUACAA